AUGGCCCGAAUUUUUAUGUUUGUUGGCGUUGCUGCGCUUGCACUGGCUAAGAUGGCCACGGCGAACUACAGACUGUCCGAUUCGCACGAUACAACCAACUUUUUUGACGGGUUUGAAUUUAAAAAUGGCACCGGAUCGGACGGGUUUACUCAGUAUGUCGAUGCCGAAACCGCAGAGGCAAAGUCCCUGGCAGGCAUUCGGAACGGGAUGGUGUACCUAGGCGUUGAUAAUACGACUGCAAACGCCACUGAUGGUCGAGACUCUGUCAGGGUCAUCACCCAGAAUACAUGGAGUAGCGGGCUUUUUAUCGCCGAUAUCGCCCACAUGCCAGGCGAUGAGUGUGGCAUCUGGCCGGCCUACUGGCCCAACGGCGGUGAGACCGAGAUUAUCGAAGGCAUCAAUCUGCAGACAACUCCCAUUAUCACCUUGCACUCUGGAGAGAACUGCACCGUCAAAAAUACAGGCUCGGCCUCUGUCUCAGUCCUCACCGAUGACGAUUAUACUCAGGCUUACGGGGAUGGCUUUAACGCGGUCAAUGGCGGCGUGUACGCAGAGUGGACAACGAGUGCCAUCUCGGUUCGGUUCUUCCGCCGUAGCAGCAUCCCGACGGACAUCACAGGAGGAUCUCCAGAACCAGACACUUGGGACACGCCGUUGACCCGCUUCGUGGCCACGGGCUGCAACUUCAGUACUCAUUUCACAGGCAACGACAUUGUAUUCAACACAAACCUGUGUGGCUGGGCGUAG